UCCUCUGGUGUUGUGGAGCCCGGGCGUCUGCCAUGACCGACACCGUGGUCAGCAGCAGCUCCAGCCGCUGGGUGUGUCCCAGUGACCGGCCCCUUCAAUCCAAUGACAAGGAACAGCUCCAGGCGGGCUGGUCCGUCCAUCCUGGUGGUCAGCCCGACAGACAGAGGAAGCAGGAAGAGCUGACAGAUGAGGAGAAGGAAAUUAUCAACAGGGUGAUCGCCCGGGCCGAGAAAAUGGAAGAGAUGGAGCAGGCGCGGAUUGGGCGCCUGGUGGACCGUCUGGAGAACAUGAGGAAGAACGUGGCUGGGGAUGGAGUGAACCGCUGCAUCCUGUGUGGUGAACAGCUGGGGAUGCUGGGCUCUGCCUGUGUCGUGUGCGAGGACUGUAAGAAGAAUGUCUGCACCAAGUGUGGGGUGGAGACCUCCAACAACCGCCCACAUCCUGUGUGGCUCUGCAAAAUCUGCAUCGAGCAGAGGGAGGUGUGGAAGCGUUCCGGAGCCUGGUUCUUUAAGGGCUUCCCCAAACAGGUCCUCCCACAGCCUAUGCCCAUAAUGAAGACCAAGCCCAAGCAGCCUGCCAGUGAGCCCGCUGUCCCAGAGCAGCCUACCCCCGAACCCAAGCACGCUGUUCGGGCUCCAACUCAAGGUGACGCUGAAGACAGGAGGGGCCCAGGUCAGAAGCCAGGCCCCGAGCUGGCCUCUGCGCCUGGCCGAGGAAGCUACGGGCCUCCUGUGCGCAGGGCCUCGGAGGCACGAAUGAGCUCAGCCGGCCGGGACUCGGAGGGCUGGGGCCAAGGCCAUGGCGGGGCAGCCGGUGACUCCAGCCGGAGCCCAGCAGGCUUGAGACGGGCCAACUCAGUCCAGGCCUCCAGACCCGCCCCAGCCUCGACGCCGAGCCAGGCACCUCCUCAGCCUGGGCAGCCAGGGCCCCCAGGAGGCAGCAGGCCCAGCCCUGGGCCAGCAGGACGCUUUUCUGACCAGAGACCAGACGUGGCCCCCAGUGACUGCUAUCCAGGGGCCUCCAUCCCACCCUGGGAGGAGCGAUUGGGAGUCGGAGCCAGGGAGGACCGAGCGGGCCACCCACCAGGCCCUUAUUCCCAAGUGUCCGCUGCCGCCCCCCAGCCUGUCGCGACCCCUGCCCGCCAGCCCCCACCCCCGGAGGAGGACGAGGAAGAAGCCAACAGCUACGAUUCGGAUGAAGGGACCACCCUGGGUGCCCUGGAGUUCAGCCUUCUCUACGACCAGGAGAACAGCUCCCUGCACUGCACCAUCAUCAAGGCCAAGGGACUGAAGCCCAUGGACUCCAACGGCUUGGCCGAUCCUUAUGUUAAGCUGCACCUCCUGCCGGGAGCCAGCAAGUCCAACAAGCUCCGGACAAAAACCCUGCGGAACACCCGGAACCCCAUCUGGAACGAGACCCUCGUCUACCACGGCAUCACGGACGAGGACAUGCAGCGGAAGACCCUCAGGAUCUCUGUCUGUGAUGAGGACAAAUUUGGCCAUAACGAGUUUAUCGGCGAGACCAGAUUCUCACUCAAGAAGCUGAAGUCCAACCAAAGAAAGAACUUCAACAUCUGUCUAGAGCGCGUGAUCCCGAUGAAGCGAGCGGGGACCACUGGGUCCGCCCGAGGCAUGGCCCUCUAUGAGGAGGAGCAGGUGGAGCGCAUUGGCGACAUAGAGGAGCGCGGCAAGAUCCUGGUGUCCCUCAUGUACAGCACUCAGCAGGGAGGCCUCAUCGUGGGCAUCAUACGUUGCGUGCACCUGGCCGCCAUGGAUGCCAAUGGCUACUCAGACCCAUUCGUCAAACUCUGGCUGAAACCAGACAUGGGAAAGAAGGCCAAACACAAGACUCAAAUUAAGAGGAAAACCUUGAAUCCUGAAUUUAAUGAGGAGUUCUUCUAUGACAUCAAACAUAGCGACCUGGCGAAGAAGUCGCUGGACAUCUCGGUCUGGGACUAUGACAUCGGCAAGUCCAACGAUUACAUCGGGGGCUGCCAGCUGGGCAUCUCGGCCAAGGGAGAGCGCUUGAAACACUGGUACGAGUGUCUGAAGAACAAGGACAAGAAGAUCGAGCGCUGGCACCAGCUCCAGAACGAGAACCACGUGCCCAGCGAUUAG